GAGACACAUCCAUCACUCUGCAUGUCUUGUUGUAUCUAUAAAUUAAAUUCCUUACAUCAUGCCUUGCCACAGUGAUUCACUCUAAGAGCUGAGACAACAAGUCCCUUCCCUUCUCUUCUUCUUCUUCUCCAAAGGCAAAGGUCUUUGAGAUGGAAGUCUUAAACCCGAUUGAAGGCAAGACCUACAAGCUCCCAGUUGGAUACAGAUUUGAUCCAAGUGAUGAAAUUCUUGCUGGUUACUAUCUCAGGAAGAGGAUCAUGGCCCAACCAUCCCCUAAUGACCUCAUUCAAGACUGUGAUGUUUACCAAACAGUGCCUUGGGAGCUGCCAGGAGGUGGUAGUAAGAAUUUGAAUUGGCAGAGGUUUUUCUUCCAUGAUUUGAGGACCCGUGUGUUCGAAAACCUCAACAAGAGAGAAGCCGGGAACGGUCAAUGGAGAACAAUAGAGAAAGCUCAAGAUUUUGAGCUCUCUAAAGAACAGGUUGUUGCAAGAAAGAACGUUUUGGCUUUCUGGGAAGCCAAGGGCAAUGGUUUUGCCAAAUCGAAUUGGGUGAUGCAUGAAUUUCGCCUCGUCUCGAAAUCGCAUCCUUCCAUGGUGUCAGCUAUGGCUGUGUAUCGCAUAUUCAAGACGAAGAAGGAAGGAAGAAAGGGAAAGAAGGCAAAAAGGUCUGAAGGGGAGACCUCUAGCAGCAGCAGCAGUGAGGAAGAAGCUAUGGAUGAGACACCCAUUGUCAUUGAUUUCACAAUGGAGAAUGGCACUGUGACUGGUCCUCCCUCUCCUGCUACCAGUGAAGCUUCCUAAUUAGUUAGAUUACAAGUUGCUCAAAACCUUCAAUAGUGUAAGAAAUUAAUUGUGAAGCCCCGUAGGCAGUAAAAAAAAAAUCUUUAUAUAUCCUUCUAGUCAUGAUCUGUGUAUAUGGAAGUUUGUUUUGUGUAUGGGCUCAUAAAUUUUCUAAUAAGAAGCAACUGUUUAUUAUUCAUUAAUUA